CAUUGCUGUCUUUGCAAGCAGAGAACUAUUCUGGUCCUAGCCUUCUCGCCCCUAACUUCCCACCUGUCGACCGUGAAACGCGGUGGUCUUCGCCGCAGCCAUGGCGUCGCUCGUUUCCUCCGCGGUGUUCCCGUCCGCCGUCGCCGCGCCUGUCCUGCCGGCGCGCCGGAGAAUUGGGGCGAAUGGCGCCGGUUCAGCCGCGUUCCUUAGGUCGCCAGUAUCGAGUCCCCUCAGCAAUGCGUUUCAGGGUACGCCCGUGAAUCGCGCUACCAUUCACGCGAACAAGCAGCAGGCGGUGCGAGCAGCGGGGAGCGCGGCGGUGAUGGCGGCAGCGUCCAAGGGAACGAGUAAAGGCACGGUGGUGGUCGAACCGGACCCUCGCAUCCCCAUCGUGCUGCUGGGUGUAUCCGGAGCUCUCUUCGCUGUGGACAACAAACUCGCCGCUGCUCCCAUCGGCCUGCUCGGUGCUCUCCUCGCCUUUCAGACCACGCGCGUGCGCUUUGUAUUCACAGAGGAGGCGCUGGAGGUGCGGAUCGGGCAGCAGCUGGAGUCGUCUGGGGAGAACGUGUUUGUGGGCGGCGAGAACAAGUGGAAGUACGACACCUUUGUCAACUGGGAGUUCUGGUGGCCGGCCUUCCCUGUGCUCGUCUAUUUCAAGGAGACCCAGACUCGCCCCGAGGGGCAGGUCCACUUCUUCCCCAUCAUUGCCAACGGCAAGCAGCUGUACGAUGUGAUGGUGGAGCGAUGCGGUCCCUCCAAAGGCAGUGGGCCGUCUGCUUGACACCUGACUACCACAUGUGGUCUAUUUGUCUACACUCGUACAAGUGGCCCUUAUGAUUAUUAUUUCACUAGUGAUGAUGCCAAAGUUUGCUGAUUAAACCCAUUAAUGCAUUAUGGCUAACAUGCAACUGUUAAGUUGCACGUAAUUCACAUGAAGCUGUAAUUGGUGAAGGGUGGACAUUGUGAGUUACAGUAAUCCCCUACUGCAAUACAAGGGUUCAACUGCCUCAACUUCCGCUGCACUACUCAAGUCUCAUUCUACAACUGGGACUUAGUCUCUGGAAAGAUCCUAAGGGCUUUUCUCAGCCCAACAUGUACAAGGGUUCAACUGCCUCAACUUCCGCUGCACUACUCAAGUCUCAUUCUACAACUGGGACUUAGUCUCUGGAAAGAUCCUAAGGGCUUUUCUCAGCCCAACAAACCUAAUAGACUGAUAACUUAGUACUCGCUACUGCAAGACCUAGCAACCACAGUUGUGGAUCUCAGCAAGAGUGAUGCA